AUGGCUACGUUACUUCGGGAAAUUCCCGAAGGCGCUGAUGUCGAGGGUCUGGAUGACACCCUCGCAUUGCUGGACCUUAAGCACUGUCUGUUGACAUGUUUAUUCUCAAGAAUUAAUCCAGCAUUUGAAAUCGCGAAGAGACAAGCUAUUUUAACAACCUGUGCAACCCAGGACAACGUAAACAGCGGAGAACGAGGAUAUCCUGGCAAGCUCGGAUCGAGAAACCGUGCCUGUACAGGCUGCCAAAAGUUGAAACGAGAGGGGAUGCUGCUAGCUCACUUUCUUUUGGACUUGGCCCAUUGGAGUGACAAGGUUGUUAGCAGAGUACUCGACUCUAGUUGGAGCACGUGGCCUCAGAUAUAGCGAAUACAGAGUAUUUGCUCGGCAGAGAUACAGAGUAUACAGACCUUUUACUUUCAUUGUGCAAACCUUCGUCACAGCAAUUCUCGUUCGGAACUUUUGGUAAAUUAGACUAA